CGCUGUCCUGGCGCGUGCCGCGUCAGUUCAAACAGCUGACCGCACACAUGCAUGCAGAGACCUCGCUUGGAUCGGCAGAUCACAGGAGACCAGUCUUCACAGCUUGUACCAGUGUCGUACAAGAUUCCUAGCUGACGAAGUGUUCUCGAGAGGGAAGCUUGGCCGCCAGAUGACCAAAUAUCCGCUGAACAAGAACUGAGGAAUCUGGACAUUCAUUGAAAGGAGCCGAGCCCACUUGUCUCAGCAUUCCUCUGUCAGAAGGGCCCGCAAAGACAAAAGGUGAUCGGAUUUCCCGCGCCGGAGAGGGCAUUCACCGAAGGUUCCACGUGAAAGAUUACACGGCAGGACUGUCCAUUGUGACCCUCAGCACCCAGCUGUGAUAACGGAAGAGGACCCUUGUCGUCGACAACUGGCGGGGGGUUCUACCACAUUUCACACAGAAGUUGCUGGAGGACUGGAUAUAUAAAGGAAGAAGUGUGCUGCAGACUUCAGAUAGUGUGAGCCAGUACAAGAGAGAGGUAACCACAAGGAACUACAAGCAAGCUGUACUGGACUUCUGUCAUCCGUGAAUAGUUGAGACUGAGUGAGAGAGUGGAGCAGGAGUAUGGAGAGUCAGCUAGAGAUGGUGUCACUGCUUCUGCUGUGGCUGGUUUCACUGGUCAGCUGUCAGGGAGCGAAGAACUUCGACUGGCACGCAGCAUACGACUUCCCCUCCAGCACACCGUUUCCGGACAGUAUGAAGUGCUGGACGUGUGUAGAUGGUGCCGAUGAUAACUACAACUGCAACAGAUGGGCCCCUGAUGUCUGGUGUCCUGAAGGAACGAGGUACUGCCACACUGUACACCACAUGAACGAGGUAGGACAGAGCAUCAAGGUGUGGAAGAAAUGUGCUGCCCUGGAUGAGUGUAGCAGGGAAAAUGUGGGGUGUUCCAACACUGACAUUCCUGGAGUCAAGAAAUGCGUCUCUUGCUGCGAAGGCCACAUCUGCAACUACGAUGUCCCCACGAAUGAGACCAACGCAGUGUUCGACAGACAAACAGCAAGCAGCGCCUCCUAUCUCAGGUCAACGGAACUGCUCCUCGUCACAGUUGCACUCUCCAUUGUGUUGAGAAUAUUGUAGCAUAAACAAAAGUAAAGAUGUACAAAAUAAUGUAAAUACAGAAAAUCUUAUUAUAUUUGUAGUCUGUGUUACCCCUUCUCAGAAUGAACUAGUCCUGUUGUAUAUCUUUUCUGUACAGCUGCUAUGAAAAUGGGACAACUUAUUUUGAAAAGUAGGGGGAUGUUUUAUAUAAAGUGUUACUUCAGAACAAUCAAAGAAACGAAAAACAAUCAGGUUGUGCCUCCUGAAAGAAGUGUGUUUGGCAAUUUUAAGUUCCAUGUUUUCUUCUGGUUGUGUUUUAUGCUGCUUUAAGCUCUGCUUUAGGGAUUGUAUAUGAGAUAUGACUGUGUACUUAUGUUUGCAUUGCAAAGAGUAGCACAUAACUUGGAAUUUCCAUUGCAUCUGCCUACAAAUCAGUAUUUUUCUGUGUGAAGCAUUUGUUCUAUUCAUGGAAAAUAUGAUGUAUAUAGAUUUAAAGUAUCUGUAACAAACAAUCAUGUGAACAAAAAUGGUGCUAGGCCAUAGAUGAAUAAACGAUCAGAUUUGUUCACUUAGAGUUCUGGUAGGAGUUCUGGACAUGCUUUUCGUACCUAAGACUGUUUGCCAAUGGAGCUGCCUAACAUUAUCUGCCUCUGAUACAAAGCCAUGGCUCUAUUUAUUUGUUUCUACUAGCUACUUAUAUCUACCUGUAAGUGCCUAGUUUUUAAUAUCUAAAACUUAUCACUGUAUCUCACACACAUUGUGUUCCAUAUUGUACUCUGGUUUAAUUCAAAUACAUUUGUAAUCACUUUAACAUGAUAUUUUUAAUAUUCUCGUUUGAUCAACUUUACUGCACAAUCAAAAUUAGAUUCAAUCUUCACCUUGCACAAUGUUUGUUCAAAUUUUGUUCGGUUUCACUAUUCCACUGUUAUCACCUAUGCUUCUUUACUUGUGUACGAAAAUUAUGUUGUUUCAUUGAAUGAAUGAAUAAAUUUUGAAGUUACA